AUGACGUUCUUCUUAUCCUUCGCCGACUUCACGGUCUAUGCGGACAAGGCCAACGCGGUCAACUUCGGUCGCUUGGGCUUCAAGCGCGGCUGGCGCCUGAACUCCAAAACCUGGCGUCGCAACUGGCGCGCGUGCUUUGGCAAUGAGUACAGACCGGAGCUCAAUCCUUACGCCGACUCAUUCUUCGCGUUCUUCGCAUGCUUCCCGGGUUUCAAGGCCAAUGCGACGGCACCGAUGGCUGCUGAAUUCGACAGACUAGCCAGCUACAUGGCAUGGACGAAGCAAGAGGCGGCUAUCUAUCGUACUCAGGCCUGGAAUACCGAGUUCGAGCGAGCUUAUGGAACUGACGCGAGCAAGUUGGAGGGCUGGAAGGCAUUAUGCGAGAAAUGCAGCAUUGAGCCGGCACCUCAGAGUGUCAAGAAGUGCAAGAAGGCCCUCGCGAACGUCCACGUCAAUCUUUGCGACCUGGCUGACGCAUGGCGCACUGGCGAGAAGGUAAAGCUUUUCCCGAGCUUUGCUGCGCUUCGUCGCUACACCAUUCCCGCGCGGAUCUUCCCCUUGACGGACGCGAAGGCAGACGGAUACGCGAAGGCGCUUCUAAAGAAGUUCUUCUUGCGCCCCUCGGUGUGA